ACAUCUAACUGCUACCAGCAAAGACCGACCCAAUCCGAAACUAUAUACAUACAGUCAUAUUGAUUUUCAGUUCCUAAACUUGUACUAACUCUUUCUCAAAAUGGUCCGGCCAACCCUAGUACACGCCGGCGACCGUCAAAUGGGUUCCAUUCCAUUGAUAUCAAUUGGGCUGUUCAUCUCAAUCUCAUCUCUUGUGGCUUUAUGUGCAAAACAUGCAAAAAGAGUCUCAAGAACUCAUUCCAAUGUGUCCUUGAAUGACUCAAAGUUCGCGCCCAAUCCACCUUUGAAGUCACCAGAGCUCAUGGCUACAAUCAGUAACAAGGUUAUUCCGUUUGUUAUCCAACACCGGAAAGUGGAGGCGGAGGCAGAGGUGGAGGAAGACAAGUUUGUGCCCAAGUCCCCUUUGAGGUCACCAAGGCAGCUCAUGACUGCAAUCAGUAACAAGGCUAUUCCAUUCAUCGUAAACCAGCGGAAAACGGAGGCAGAGGUGGAGGCGGAGACUGGUGGCAGGAAAGUGGCGGAGGAAGGGUUCGGAGAAGGCGGCUUGUGGCAGAAGGAAAUCCUGAUGGGGGAGAAAUGCCAGCCGCUGGAAUUUUCCGGUGUGAUUUAUUAUGAUUGUUAUGGGAAUAAGAUUUCCGAGCUGCCACCGAGGUCCCCCAGGGCUAGUCCACUGUCCACUUUUUCUUUUCCAGUGACAAGAGAUGGAAACUAGCUAGUUGCACUUGUUUUUUAAUGUAGAAAAUGGUUCGAACUUUGAAACAACAGGAUCUAGUGGGUACAUGAGUGAGUGGUUUUAUGUUGGUUGCAACACUACAGCUAGGACAAGAGCUUUGCUAUUUCUUACUGAUCUUGGAAUGAAAUGGCUUGGCAAUUUUUUAUGUUUGUAUGCAUGGCUAAUGACCCACAAACGAGUUUUCAUAUAUGAAACUUAUUGCUCUACCUCCUUUACAGUGCAGUAUGUGUAGGCCUCAUUCUUAAUGUGAGAAAUUUGUGUGUUUGUGCGUGCAAGUGUUUUUGGCUAUAGACUUGUUGCUCUAUCCCCUUUAGACACAUACAAUUUGCCACUAAAUAGUACUCCUACUCGACAAAGACAAGGCACCCGAGAUGAGAUAUCCCUCUUUUCACACAAGUACUUGGGAAGAUUGGAGAACAAAACUGCAUUCGAAAAAGAUCACAAAAACCCUCUUUUUUUUCCUCUUUACAUCUUCCAUGAUUCACAAAUUUUGAAGUACAUGAUCGGAGCAUAGUAUCGCAUGUAAACAAAGAACGAUGCAGAAACUCUAACCAGGAAACUGUAACCGGGCACCCUGAUGACCAAGAAGCAUAGAAGAUCUAUGGCGUAUCCCUUGGCAAAACAGUUUCUUCAAGUGAUUUCUCAGCAAUUCUUCACUGUAAACA